GACAGUUCUAUACUUCACUAUAGUCUCACUCCAGCCCUGCCCUACACCGGUGUCCACCAUGGCUGCUGCACGGUUUGGAAUUCUGGCAAGGACCUUCUCCACUUCAGUGGCUGCCAAGCAGUUGGUGCAGCCACCGGUUCAGGUCUUUGGGUUGGAGGGCCGCUAUGCCACUGCACUGUAUUCAGCAGCCUCAAAAGAAAAGGCUUUAGAUGCUGUUGACAAGGAUAUGAAGGUCUUUUCUGGCUUAUUAAAAACAGACCUCCAGCUUAAGGAAUUCCUCUUAAAUCCCCUUCUGAGCAAGGAGCUCAAGCAGCAAGCUCUUGAUUCAGUAAUGACCAAAAAGAAAGCCAAUGCCCUCACAGCAAACCUUUUUGGUGCACUUACUGAAAAUGGUCGCUUGUCAAAUGUCGAGGGGGUCAUUGGUGCAUUUGAAACUAUUAUGGCUGCAGUCCGAGGAGAAGUUUUGUGUGAGGUCACCACUGCCAAGCCCUUAGAUGCUAUCAUGAAGAAAGAGCUGGAGUCAUCCCUCAAAGCAUUCCUACAACCAGGAGAGAGUCUUCAGUUGACUUUGAAGGUUGACCCCUCCAUCAUUGGUGGCAUGUUGGUGUCAGUUGGUGAUAAGUACAUUGACAUGUCGAUGGCCACCAAGAUCAACAGAUACACAGGCCUUCUCCAGCAGGCUGUUUAGGCUAAUGUAAAUUGAAAAUGUCAUAUGUAUAGUUUAUCUUCUGAACGUGUAGAUAUUCUUUUUGGGAACUUAAUGUUCUAGUUCAGAAUAUGGUAAUAAUGGCAAUACCUGUACAGCAUUCCUCAUCAAAUAGCUUGUAUUGUCACCACCAGAAUUAUGAAUGGUUGGUUCUGCUUGCAUAAAAAAAAAUUACAUAAGGAAUGUAUAAGUGAAUUAAAAGUUUUAUGUAAA